AUGAGAUCCACCACCGCCCUCCUCGCCGCGACCCUCAGCUCCCUCACCCUCCUCACCACCUCCUCUCCCGUCCCGGCCCCCUCCCCGCAGCUCUCCCUCGGCGGCACCCAGAACGGCGUCACCUCGGGCACAGCCACCUGCAAGCCCGUCACGCUCAUCUUCGCGCGCGGCACCUUCGAGCUCUCCAACAUGGGCUCCGUCGUCGGGCCCUCGCUCGCAUCCGACGUCGGCAAAGCCAUCGGCGGCACGGACAAGCUCACCGUGCAGGGCGUCAACUACGCGGCCGACGUCGCGGGCAUCUUCGCCGAGAUCACGGGCGGCGCCGGCACGGCGGCGAUGCUGGCCGAGGCGAAGCAGGCGCUGUCCAAGUGCCCGCAGACGCAGCUCGUGCUGUCGGGAUACAGCCAGGGCGCGAUGCUGGUGCACAACACGAUCGGGAAGAUGCAGGCGGCGGAGAAGGAGCGGAUCGUGGCGGCGGUGACGUUUGGGGAUCCGUUCAAGAGCGUCAAGUUGGAUGGGGUUGGGGCGGAGAGGUUCAAGACGUUUUGCGCUACGGGUGAUCCGGUUUGCGGGCUUGGUGGUGUCAGUGCCCUUACGGGAAUGGUUUCUUCGGGUGGAGAUCAGUCUAGCAGCAUGCUCAAUCAUCUGGGCUAUGGUGCUGAUGCCCCGGCGGCUGCAAAGUUCAUCCAGAGUCGGCUUGGCUCUUGA